GCGUAACAAGAGUCAAGAAAAAUCGGCGAAAAAACGAGGCGAGAGGCGAGAGCCGGUUGUAUACUUGAGAUAACUUGCAUAUAUAUACACAUAUAUGCGUAUGUGAGGCACGCGCAACGUUAUUGACAUUUUAUUCGCCGCGGAUUUAUUUACAAUGUCUCGGUGCCUCUGUUGCAUCACGAGUCGCGAAUCGGCAAAGUAAUUCCAGUACGAUUUCGCGAUUACAAGCUUCGAUAAGUUUCUGUCGCAUUCACACGUUGGCGGUUGGUGGUAGCGUUUGGCGUAUGUAUGCGCGCGCGCGCUCGCUCGCGCUUGCGUAUAUGCAUUUAUCGUUUCCUCGCGUCGCGUCGUCGCAUGUCGCAUUCGCAUCGCAUAUCGCACGUCGUCGAGUCGUCGCAGUCGGUCUGCGGUUGCAUGGUGUUCUGCGUAGUGCGUAUGUGCGCUUGAAUUCGACGAAGCCAUUUGUGCACGAGUACCGGCGCCCGCAUUCGUACGGCCAAGUCCACGUCGCGAGUAGUUGGCCGCGACGAGAGUAAGAAAGGACGAUUAUUAAUAUUUGAGCUGAGGAAGCGAAUUAAUAGCGACGAGUUAGAAAAGGAGUGAGAGAGAGUGAGAGAGAGAGAGAGAGAGAGAGAAAAAGAGAGAGAGAGAGACACAGACAGACAGACAAAUAAUAGAGACAAGGUAUAAGCAUAUUAUUUGUCGUACAUUAAAUGGGGGCUUGACGCGGGCUUGUAACGUUAGCACAAAGAUCGGAUAAGAGAAAAAAAAACAAAAAAAACAAGGGCGUGGAGUUUAACCGGGCGCGACAAAUAGGCACGCCGCUAAUCGCAAUCGUGGCCAUGGGUAAGACGCCAAAGAAGGCGGCCCCUGGGGGCGAUGAGAGGAAUUUGUACGUUCGGAGGCUCAAGGCAACGACCGCGCCGUCGAAAGCUUCUGAAUCUAGCUUGCACGAGAGACAGCGCGAGUCCGAGAGUUUGAACAGGCCAAAACUGACUGGAGUGCAAAAAAAAGUCCCAACUGGACCAGGAAAGAAUUUUAAGAGCAAACUACGCCCUCCAACAAAGGGUGGACUUAAUCAAACAUCAAAACAAUUAAAAUUAUCAAUGAAAAAUCCAGAAGCAAAGACUGCAGACAUGCAGGGAUCGGAAGAAGCUGAAGUUAAAUUGAACGUUUCAAUUCAAAAGGAAAAUAUUAAAGAAGAGAACGGUAACAACAAAGUUGUCGAAACUGAAGAAUUUGCUACUGAUAAAGAAUGUGUUGAUCACAUUGAACAGGCAUCAGGCAAACUUCAAACUUCUACAAAGACUACCGAGGAAGUUGAAGUAUCUGUCGAAAGCAAAAUUAUUUCUCAAGAAAAAGAAGAAGUUUCAUCAGAAAAUGCUAAUAUUGCAACUACAGAAAUGGAAGAAGACAAUGAUAUACAAUUAACAUUUGUAGAGAAGAGUCCUACAAAAAACGGAGAGGAAAAAUUAAAUGAUAAACAGUCAAAAGACAAUAGCUCUGGAGAAGAAUUACAAGAUCCACUAAAGAAUAGGAUAAAUGAAAAAGAAGAGAUACAAAGCGAAGUUCAAACAGGCACAGAAAGUUAUUCAGUGGACAUUGUUGAAUCUACAACAUCGGAGCUAUCUGAAACAUCAGAAUCCAUUUCUCAAAAUGAUACACAGAAGGAUAAAGAAAAGAACAAUGAUGUUGUAAACAAUGAAGCAUCUGUUUCUUAUGAUUCAUCUAUGCUAAAAGAUUCAUACAUGCUAAAAGAUGUACAUGUCAUGCUUGUAAGAUCAGAUUGUGCAAAAGAUAAUUCAAAAGUCUUGGACAUAAGUAAUAUAGAAGGCACACCGAGUCAACUAUCAAAAGAUUUGUCAUUUGGCAGGACCCUAAGGAACAUCUCAGGAAGACACUCAAUCGGUAGAUCGCGUCGUAUUGCUUUGCGCGAGAGAAUAUCACCGAAUAGCUCUCUUUUUGUGAAUACAUCGGACAUGUCAAUAACUCAAGAUGAAGGGACAGAAUCUAAGAUCUUACAUUACAGCAGUUUACUAUCGGAUAUUUUCCCUAGAAAUGGUAGCCCAUUAGAUAGGAAACGUAAAAUUGAGACAGCAAAUUGGGAUUCAGCGAAAAAGCAGAAAACGGAUGAUGAGAGUAGUACAUUAAAUACAUCUAUAAAUCUAUUGAAAGGUUUUGUCAAACCUGUAUUGAUAUCCACACCAAAAAGUACACCUUAUAAAUUUGAAUCCACUACAUUAGACAUUAGUGGGAUAAACAAUGACGACAAUAAGAAAACGAAUGAAACAACUGAAAGUACAAAAAAGACAUGGUGUGUCAUCAUGUAAAAUUUCGUGAAAAUUUCGUGUAUGUUAUAUCCACUAUAGAAAAAAAAUUUAUAUUUUUGAAAAGUACUAAGGGUUAAAUGAUUAUAAACACAUUCAUGUACAUGUCGCCUUUUAAUAGUGGAUAAUUUUUUUUCUAAUUAAUCUGUUAAAAAUAAUUGAAAUCUCAUUUUUUUAUAUUUCAAAAUUUGUCCAAAAACAGAUGUACUUUUCUAAUUUUUAGACAUUUCCUCUUUUUAAUAGCAGAGAAUAUAAUGUGUUUUCAAUAAGUAAAUUAGUCUAAUAUUAUAUUUCCAUUGUGCAGAUUGUGCUAAAACUGUUAGUGUAUGAUUUUUUUAGAUAUUGUCAUUUGCUAACUUUGGAAAAAAUUUAUUAGAAAGAGAAAAGUAAACUAUAAUGAUGAAAAAGUACAAUUUUAUUAACUUGACAUGACUAUUUUAUGAACAAAGACUUGAUUUUAUAAAAUAUACUAGCUUUUUGGCAUAGAGUAAUAUAAAAUAAGUGCAUACACCCAUAAAAAAAAAAAUGUAAAAUGUAUUUAAUUACAAUACAUGUUUUAAUUUAUAUCCUGUAUAAUCUGUAUUUAUCUCCAAUACAAUUCUGUAGAGAUUUAUAGAGAUUUAUACAUGAUAAAUAGAGGAAUACAUGUACAAGUUUUAUUUUAGUUAAAGAUAGUUCUGAACGCAACAUUACAAUAUGUUAAUUUGACAAAAUAUUAAUCUGGGAAUUUCUUGGAUACUAUCUCAUAUCUGUAGAAAAAAAUGAAUAUAUUCUAUACAUUUAUUUCUCAUAUAUAUCAUGUAAUGUUAAAAAGACAUAUCUCUUUGUAUUUAGUUCUUAAUAAAGUAUAAUAUUUAUAUUUCUGUAAUUUGUUAAUGUUAAUGAGGACUUGUAUUACGGAUAUGAGAAUUUACUCUACAUAAUUAUUUCAAACAAAUUUUCAAAGAUUGUAAUAUCAAUAUGAAUGUAUAUUUUGCUUUAGUUACAGCGAAUUGUUGCUCCGAAACAAGUAUAUCCGCCUUUAUGAUACCAGCAGUUUUUUUAUGAUCUAUUAAGAAAUAUUCUUGUUGGUUAUUACAAAUGAUUCAUAUUAUGAUAACAGUCAUGCAACAAAUUUAACUUGUAUAUUGCAAUGUUAUAUGUAUAAUUUUUUAAUUUUAAUUAAUUGAUAGAUCAAUUCUAUACUUUUAUAGAAGACGUGGUAAUUUUCCAUAUACUACUUAUAUUUGAUAUAAGAAUACUCAUUUUUAUCGACAAAUAUAAAUAUCUAUUGCACUUAAGAAAAUUCAAACGUGUAAGGAGUAUUUCAAUAUGAAAUUGUAUAGCAUCAUACAAUAUAUCUUAAUAGCAAAAUAAAAAUGAAUUGUAGAAAAGAUAUAUUUCUAGAAAGAUUUUAUUUUAUACGUGCGACUUUAUUUGUCAAAUUCGUGCAUUCAAGUCUUCUCAUAUUUUGCCAUAGAUAUAUUCUUGUUUAAGGGUGAUAUUAUGCCUUAAUAUGAAAUCUGUUGGGAUAUAUUAUGUAUUAAAAUAGAUAUAUCUCUUCGAUUUUCCAUCGUAUUGAUAAAUCAGAAGUAGAAACGAUUAAGACAAUUCGACCAAAGUACUUCCCAAUGUCACUCGAUCUAUUCGUUUAGAUCUGUCGAGUAAUUCUUUCUUAAUUGCUAAAAUGAUAUAUUGCAAAAAAUAUGUUUGAUUCCAUACCACAAUAUUGGAUCAUUAUUUUAUCAAUUUGGUGCGAAUGUAAUUUUCAGUUUACUAAUUAUUCGGGACUAAACGAAUAAUCGUUAAGACAUACUUUUAUACUUAUUUGAUUAGUAAAAGCGUUAAAAGUAUAUCUAACAGAAUGUAUAUAGAAACCUCUCUAUGGGAUUUAUAAUAAACUCUUGAAAUUGAAAAUUU